AUGACUUCAAUUUUGCGAAAAAAUCGCAACAGGAUUCAAAGGGUGCUAGGUGCAAGGGAAAUUUGUCAUGGAGACCCAUUCAUCACUAGGUCAGAAACUAUAUGUCAUGUACAAGAAAAUAGUAAAAUAAAUCGUCUCUACAGAGUAGCUGUUAAAGAUAAUAUAGUAACUAGAAUUGACACGCCGACGACCUGCGCCUCCAAGGCCCUUAUCGAUUACAAGAGUCCAUUUGAAGCAGAAGUUUUGACAAAGCUUCGCAAUAAUGGGAGAUUUGAACUUGUGGGAAAAACAAAAAUGGACGAAUUUGGUAUGGGGUCUCAUUCAAGUUUCUCAUCUUGGGGUCCGACAAGAAGAAGUUCCUCACUCUUACAAGAUUAUUCCCCUGGUGGAAGCUCAGGAGGAAGUGCCGUUGCUGUUGCAGAUAACCAUUGUGAUCUUGGCAUAGGAACGGAUACUGGUGGAUCGAUACGGCUUCCGGCAGCAUACACAGGUAUUGUUGGAUUCAAACCAUCUUAUGGAUUGAUCUCUCGAUGGGGCUUAAUUCCUUAUGCUAACUCUAUGGAUACAAUUGGAUUUCUUACACGAUCAGUUGCAGAUUCUGAAGAAGCAUUCAGUCAAACAAAUGGACAUGAUCCUCGUGAUCCCACUUCACUAUCGAUCAAAGAUCGGGAACAGAUCUUCUGCGCCAAUAAUGAUGAGAUUUUAUUCUGGAAGUCACGUCUUUAUAAGGAUUCAGAAAAGCAAAAUUCCUCUAAAUGGCUCAAGAACAUCACAAUUGGAUAUCCGCUUGAAUAUAAUGUUACAGGAAUGGACCCUGGAAUCCUCUCAACUUGGAAAUCAACUUUAAGGCUUCUUCGUAGCUCUGGGGCAAAGGUUAUUCCUGUUUCUUUACCGAAUACUAAGCAUGGGCUUCCCGCAUACUAUAUCCUUGCACCUGCUGAGGCAUCGUCAAAUCUAGCAAAGUUUGAUGGUAUUCGUUAUGGUACCACUGAAAAUAAGUCCUCCAAUGGUAAUGAAACUCUUUUCGCGGCAGCUCGAGGUGUUAACUUAGGACCUGAGGUCCGUCGAAGGAUCAUUCUUGGCUCGUUUUCUCUGAGUUCAAAUAAGAUCAAUAACUACUUUAUUCAAGCUCAGAAGGUUCGAAGGCUAGUUCAGCGAGAUUUUGACAGGAUUUUUAAAGCUCAGAAUCCGCUUCGAGAAGUAGAACAGUACGAUAUGUCACUAUUGCACGAAUCUAUACCUAUAACUAGUAGAAAAGGUCCGGAUAAAGUAGAUUUCCUUGUCGUACCAACAAGUCCAAGCUACCCUCCAAAAUUGAGCGAAAUCUCUGCCGAGAACCCAAUAAAUACAUAUUUGAAUGAUAUUUUUACAGUCCCCGCUAGCCUAGCCUGCCUGCCCUCGAUAAGUGUUCCAAUAAGGGCAAAAGAUUCCGACUUGUUUGCUACAGGUAUACAAAUAAUUGGACAGUAUGGCUCGGAUUAUGGUGUAUUACGCCUUGGUCAUGAUCUGGAACAAAUUUCUUGCAGCCACAAAAAUUAUGGUUCGAAAAAUGACUAA